ACUGGACUAAGCGCUUAGGAAGUCCAAGUUGGCAACGUAGAGAGACGGUCCCUACCCAGCAGUGGGCUUCCAGUCGGUCGGUCGGUCUGUCGCCAUGGACUGGCUCAUGGGGAAGUCCAAGGCCAAGCCGAACGGGAAGAAGCCGGCCGCCGAGGAGAGGAAACUCUACCUGGAGCCGGAGUACACCAAGUCCCGGAUCACCGACUUCGAAUUCAAGGAGCUGGUGGUCUUACCGCGGGAGAUCGACCUCAACGAGUGGCUGGCCAGCAACACCACGACGUUCUUCCACCACGUGAACCUCCAGUACAGCACCAUCUCCGAGUUUUGCACGGGCGAGACCUGCCAGACCAUGGCCGUGUGCAACACGCAACACUACUGGUACGACGAGCGGGGUAAGAAGGUGAAGUGCACGGCCCCUCAGUACGUCGACUUCGUCAUGAGCUCCGUGCAGAAGCUGGUCACCGACGAGGACAUCUUCCCCACCAAAUACGGCAAGGAAUUCCCCCUGUCCUUCGAGUCGCUGGUGAAGAAGAUUUGCAAAUACCUGUUCCACGUCCUGGCCCACAUCUAUUCGUCCCACUUCAAGGAGACCCUGGCCCUGGAGCUCCACGGACACUUGAACACGCUCUACAUCCACUUCAUCCUCUUCGUCCGCGAAUUCAACCUGGUGGACUGCAAGGAGACCACCGUCAUGGGCGACCUCACCGAAGUGCUCUGCGGGAGCGGGGCCGGGGCCGGGGCCGGGGCACAGAACCACGUCAAGGAGAGAUGAGCCCCACCCCCCCCACCCCCG